GCCUCCUUCCUGCAUCGCAGGCCAUGAGCGUCCCGUCCCUCCGCACGACCCGAGCGCACCGGGCCAAUGUGAAUCGCUGACAUUUAACCAACGCCGCCGCCCCCUUCUUCUUCUCACUCUGCGCUGUUAUUCUUUUUAUGGACGGACUGCGACAGCUGCCAAUGCGUGCUUCAUCUUCGUGAAGUUGGGACAAAACUGAAGGGUGUCCCCGUCUCAGCGGAGUGUCUUCUAUAUUUACCCAGCAUGCCGCUGGCUCGAAGCCUGUCUGUCACGUCCCUGUCAGGACUGGAGGAAUGGGACGAGGAGUUUGAUUUAGAGGAUGCCGUCCUUUUUGAAAUAGCCUGGGAGGUUGCUAACAAAGUUGGAGGCAUCUACACCGUCAUCCAGACCAAAGCCCGUCUGACCUCAGAGGAAUGGGGGGAGAACUAUUUCCUGGUGGGUCCCUAUGUGGAGAGCAACGUGCGCACUCAGGUGGAGCUGAUCGAGCCCACAAACCCCGCACUCAGGCGAACCAUUGACAAGAUGAACUCCAGUGGGUGUAAGGUCUACUUUGGCCGCUGGCUUAUUGAAGGCAGUCCCUACGUUGUGCUCAUUGAUAUCGCGUUCACCGCCUGGUCUUUAGACUCCUGGAAGAGCGAGCUGUGGGAGCUUUGUUCCAUUGGCGUGCCAUGGUUUGACCGCGAGGCCAACGAUGCGGUGCUGUUUGGUUUCCUGACCGCUUGGCUUCUGGGAGAGUUUGCAGCCCAGUGUGAGCAGCCUGCGCACAUUGUGGCCCAUUUCCAUGAGUGGCUGGCAGGACUGGGGCUGAUGUUGUGUAGACAGAGACAGCUUCCAGUGGCAACCAUCUUCACCACACAUGCUACACUCCUGGGGCGCUACCUGUGUGCUGGAAACGUGGACUUCUAUAACAACCUAGCAGAGUUCAAUGUAGACAAGGAAGCGGGCGAUCGACAAAUCUACCAUCGCUACUGUAUAGAGCGUGCAGCGGCACACUGUGCCCACGUCUUCACCACAGUGUCUCAAAUUACUGCCAUUGAGGCAGAACACCUGCUCAAGAGGAAACCAGAUAUCGUGACUCCCAACGGGCUCAACGUGAAGAAGUUCUCAGCUAUGCACGAGUUUCAAAACCUCCACGCUCAGAGCAAGAGUCGGAUUCAGGAGUUUGUCAGGGGGCACUUCUAUGGACACCUCGACUUCAACCUGGACAAGUGUUUGUUCCUCUUCAUCGCUGGGAGGUACGAAUUCUCCAACAAAGGAGCCGACAUCUUCUUGGAGGCUUUAGCCAGACUCAAUUAUCUACUGAGAGUCAACCACAGUGACGUGACAGUGAUCGCAUUCUUCAUCAUGCCAGCUCGGACAAACAACUUCAAUGUGGAGACCUUGAAGGGCCAAGCAGUCAGGAAGCAGCUCUGGGAUACUGCUCAGACUGUGAAGGAGCGCUUUGGAAAGAAACUUUAUGAGUCACUUCUGGUUGGGCAGCUGCCAGAUGUGUCGAAGAUGCUGGACAAAGAGGAUUUCACUAUCAUGAAGCGCGCCAUCUUUGCCACUCAGAGACAGUGCCAGCCUCCGAUCUGCACUCACAACAUGCUGGAGGACAGCAGCGACCCCAUCCUCAACUGUGUUCGCCGCAUCGGCCUUUUCAACAGCUCUGCUGACCGGGUCAAGAUUAUCUUCCAUCCCGAGUUCCUUUCAUCCACCUCUCCUCUUCUUCCAAUGGACUACGAGGAGUUUGUAAGAGGUUGCCACCUUGGCGUCUUUCCCUCUUACUAUGAGCCCUGGGGCUACACACCUGCUGAGUGCACUGUCAUGGGAAUUCCAUCAAUCUCCACUAACCUGUCAGGUUUUGGCUGUUUCAUGGAGGAACACAUAGCAGACCCAACGGCAUAUGGUAUCUACAUCCUGGACCGCAGGUGUCGGGGAGUGGACGAGUCAUGCAACCAGCUCACUUCCUUCCUGUUCCAGUUUUGCAAGCAGAGCCGCCGCCAACGGAUCAUCCAGAGGAACCGCACUGAGCGUCUGAGCGAUCUCUUGGACUGGAAAUACCUCGGCAGGUAUUAUAUAGCUGCCCGCCACAUGGCCCUGGCUAAAGCCUUCCCUGACACCUUCAUAUAUGAACCUCAGGAUACAGCCCAAACCGCCGGUUUCCGUUACCCCCGACCAGCCUCAGUGCCACCAUCUCCAGCCCUGUCCCGCCACUCCUCCCCGCACCACAGCGAGGCUGAAGACAACGAAGAUGACGAGCGCUACGACGAGGACCUGGAGGCCGAAAAGGACAAGGUGAACAUCCGCCAGCCCUACAUGCUGCCUAUGAAAAACAAGUCCAUCGCCAUCAUCGGGGCCAACGGGAAUGGCGACGAGGUGACGAGCGAGAAAAACUGAGACCGACGCACUACUGCUAAACCUCACUAGUGAAACUCUUAUCUGUGGUUCAAGUUGUCCGUGUAGACGACUGUGGCUGCGUGAACGCGUGUGACGAAUUUAAUAUUGGCAUGUUGUGACAAAAUGCAUUACUGUCAGUGUCUUCCCAACCUGUGCGUACCUCAGAAUUUUUAAAAACAGUAUCUGUCAGUUUGAUAUAUUUUGGUAUUGUUUCAGUUACACCAGCAGUGUGACCGGUAGUUUGCUUUGUGGAGUAAAUGCAGAAACUUAAAAGGAAAAAGGUUAACUGACAGAUCAACACAUAGGAAAACAAAUCAGGAUUGCUGGAUUUUUGUAGAAUACUAACAGUGAGUAACGUGGAUCUAACAGAGGAUCGUUAAUAUUAACAGCAAACUGUGGAAUCGGAUUUUAUACUUGAUUCAAACGUAGGUCAGGGCUGGGAGAACAGCUUAUCUCUCCUUUUUUUUUACCAGCUUACCAUCUCUACAAGUUCAAAACGGGAAGCUUCCUGUGAAAAAGCCCACAUAGCAAUAUUAUGCAUUAAGAGCCAGAAAGAGCAUCUGUUCUUUUUGUCGUUUUCACUCGUGCCCCACAUGAUGUGACAACCAUACAGUGCUUCACACUUGACUUUCUACCUUUUUGUAGCAUUUUUUGUCUUUUCUUUCUUUCACGCGCCUUGUUUUUUGCAUAACCUCUCAAAAUAGAAACAAAAUGAAGAGCACACACUGAUAAUGCUGAAAACGCUCUCGUUCGGAGAAUGGUAUCGCCUUGUGUGUGAGUGUGUUCUCAUUUUGUUUCUGUGCCUUACAGUGUCACAGUGUGUCCACUGUACUCCUGCUGUGUUUGUGCGCGCUUGUGUGUGGAGAUUAUUCCUUGGUUCGCCUGUUUCAGCAAGUAUUUAUUUGUGAAAUGAAAAGAGGUAAGACAGAGGGGAAAGGGUACUGUGUCCUAAGAUGGAAACUGUGUUUACAGGUAGAAGACCUGACAGAGAGAAAGGGCUGAAAAACAAGCUACUGUAUGUCUUGAGUAUUUGUUUUGGAAAAAAGGAAAUGGUUUUGCCAGCCGUAUACUGUCACUAUCACUCCAUUUCUCACAAUCUUGCACCAGAUGAACAUAUAAUAAAAUUUAAAUAUCUAUAUACACCUGUUUGGUGUUUUAUAAACAGUAA